GUCCGUCUUUUUUCAUGGCACUGGUUCUACGGUUAUAUGUGGGUGAUUGGUGCGUUCUUGGUUUCCCGUAUGAAUACUUUAUGCAAACCACGUGGUGAGAAAGCAGACUGCAGCUUCUUUUGUUCAAAUCAAUCAAACCGAAGACGGACGGAGAGCGGCUGAAUCAGGAAAUUACUGAUUAAAAGAUGCCACGAAAGAAGGUGACUGAUGUCUCAGGGAAUGGUGGGAUGAAAAAGAAGCGGGCCAGUGGAAAAAGGAAAGAAAGGGACUUUAGUAGCGACGAUGAAUUUGACUACGAACAGGAGAACAACAAGAAACCAAACAAGCCUGCUGUCAAGUCUGGUCUCCAACCUGUCACUGUGGCAGAAGACGUCAAAGAGAAAAUAAAACUUGAGUGCCCAAAGGUAAAAGGAAAACUGCUCAUCUUUGGAGCAACCAACUGGGAUUUGAUUGGAAGAAAAGAGGUGCCCAAACAACAAGCUGCUUUCCGCAACCUAGGCCAGAAUCUGUGGGGUCCUCACCGUUACGGAUGUCUGAAUGAUGUCCAAGUUAGCUCUGUGGUGUCUGGUCCCUGUGCUGCACACAGUCUUUUCAUGACCACUGAGGGCAGGCUGUGGAGCUGGGGUCGUAAUGACAAAGGUCAGUUGGGUCAUGGAGACACUAAGCGUCUUGAGGCUCCCAGGUUAAUUGAGGCCCUGGCAGAACAUGUGAUUGUGUCUGCAGCAUGUGGACGGAAUCACACUCUAGUACUCUCAGAGAAUGGCACUGCAUAUUCUUUUGGUGAAAACAAGCUGGGGCAACUCGGACAAGGCAACCAGACUGAUGCAGUCCUUAGCCCGACCUUGAUUUCCUACAAUGGGCAGCCCCUGGUGAAGGUGGCUUGUGGUGCUGAAUUCAGUAUGGUGGUGGACUGCAAAGGAAAUCUCUACUCUUUUGGAUGCCCUGAAUAUGGACAGCUGGGCCACAACAGUGAUGGGAAGUUCAUUGCUCGGGCCCAGCGUAUUGAGUUUGACUGUGAGCUCAUCCCACGCCGUGUUGCCAUCUUCAUUGAGAAAUCCAAGGAUGGGCAGAUCAUGCCUGUGACUAAUGUGGUUGUCAGAGAGGUGGCCUGUGGGGCUAAUCACACGCUGGUGCUGGACUCUCAGAAGCGAGUGUUCAGCUGGGGUUUUGGUGGUUAUGGCCGUCUGGGUCACACGGAGCAGAAGGACGAGAUGGUUCCCCGACUGGUCAAACUAUUUGAUUUUCCUGGUCGUGGGGCAAGUCAGAUCUAUACAGGCUACCAGUGUUCCUUCGCUGUUAGUGAGAUGGGGGGACUGUUUUUCUGGGGUGUGACAAACACUUCCAGAGAGUCAACUAUGUACCCCAAGGCUGUGCAGGAUCUAUGUGGCUGGAAAAUUCGCAGCCUGGCAUGUGGGAAAAGCAGCAUCAUCAUUGCUGCAGAUGAGAGUACAAUCAGCUGGGGCCCCUCACCUACAUUUGGAGAGUUGGGAUAUGGAGACAACAAACCCAAAUCCUCAACCACUGCCCAGGAGGUUAAGACCUUGGAUGGCAUAUACAUUGAGCAGGUGGUGAUGGGCUACUCUCACUCUCUGGUUAUUGCCAGACAGGAUAACCAGCAGGAAGAGGACAAACUGAAAAAGCUCCCUGAGUACAACCCUCGAACAAUCUGAUUGGACAUCCAACAGCAACUCCUCGGCUUGUUUCACUGCAGCAGAGACCAGCAAAUCUGAGCUGGAAUACCCCACCUGUUAAAUCACUGCUGAUCAUGGCAGUAUGCUAGUGGGAUGGUUGAGGCCAGGGGGGAGUGGCUUAGAAGUAUGCAGGAUAUCCACACAUGUCAACAACCAACGAACUGGCUCUACUCUGAAAUCAGAAGAUGGGACCAGUGAUGAACAGAUUAACACAAUGAACAGUCAAGAGGCACACUUUCCACACCUUGCCCGUCAUACUUCACGAAACUCUUUCCAUUUUGUUAUACAGUCAAACACUGAUGUCUUCAUAUCUCUUUCUCUGUUGUUCUGUCAUCGAAUUUUAAAUGAUUAGAAUUUCACUUUUACAGGUGCUACAGCAACACCCUCAGUCUCCUCCUACUGAGUGGUUUUUAAAGACCAACACUCCAUAUCUGUGCCUUUUUUUAUAAAUGUUUGUUCAAGAUAUGGGAGUAUUUGUCGUUCAGUGGCAUGCACCCAGAACAAAAUAUUCUGAAUACUUAAUGUUACAUUCCCUUAGUUAUUUUUAGUAUUUCUGUCAAGAAUGCAUACAUUCGAACAAAACAACAAUACUUGCUGUUUCCUGUUUCUGUAAAUUUAAGCAAGUUCGUCAAGUAAUUUUGCAGACAGGUUGGAACUUCUAAAACUAGUCCAGUGCAUUGAGGUGUGCUAGAAUAAAACUACUUAAAAAAUAGUGAAUGUUUUUCUUCAAUUUGGACCAAAUUUGUUUUUUAAGGGUUAAAGUUCUCUGGGUGACGGUUUUUAUUUGGCUAAAUAAAGAAAUGUAAAUUAA